AAUAAUUGAGCGAAGUCUCUGCCGCCUCAACGCCCUACCCUCCCAAAACGCUGCGUUUUGCCUCUCGACACUCUCAAAACGCUGCGCUUUGACUCUACCAGUCUCCGUAAAUCGACCGCCGAUGCCGCCGCGAGCCGCCGUGAGACGACCUUCGACAGCGUCUGCUCUCAAGAAGAAGCCUCCAAGAGAGGAAAAGGAGGAGAAGGAGUUUGUUGUGGGAGACAUGGAUAGAUCAGAAAGGUUGGAGCUUGAAGAUAAUGACCCACAGUCUGAUGCAGAAGACGAUAUGGGGCAUUAUAUGGGAACAGAAGAGGAAUGUCGGGAACAGAGAAUUGAUGGAGAUGAUGACCUGAUGGGAGAUAUGAUGGAAGGCGAGGAUGAGGAAGAGGAGGAUAUGGGUGAGGAUGAUGUGGGAGGUGAACAUGAGGAGAUGAUGGAUGGGUAUGAAGAUGAGCAUCAUGAUUUAGUUAAAGAGCGUCGAAAGCGUAAGGAGUUUGAGGUCUUUGUUGGUGGAUUGGACCGAGAUGUCACAGAAGGUGAUCUCUUUCACUUUUUCAGACAGGUGGGUGAUAUCACUGAAGUGAGACUUAUGAAGAAUGCCCUUACUCAGAAGAACAAGGGCUUUGCUUUCAUACGGUUUGCAACUGUUGAGCAGGCUAGGCGUGCUGUCAAUGAACUUAAGCAUCCAGUGAUUAAUGGAAAGCAAUGUGGGGUAGCUCCAAGUCAAGACAGUGACACACUCUUUGUUGGUAACAUAUGCAAGACAUGGACAAAAGCAGCUGUGAAGGAUAAGCUUGCAUACUACGGUGUUGACAAGUAUGAAGACUUGACAUUGGUUGAAGAUACCAAAAAUGAGGGGAUGAAUCGGGGAUUUGCUUUUUUGGAUUUCUCUUCCAGGGCAGAUGCCUUGGAAGCUUGCAAACGCUUGCAAAAGAGGGAUGUUGUGUUCGGUACAGAUCGAACAGCAAGAGUUGCAUUUGCAGACACUUUCAUAGAACCUGAUGACGAAAUCAUGUCACAGGUCAGGACGAUAUUCCUUGAUGGGUUGCCUGCUACUUGGGAUGAGGAUCGUGUCAGGGAUUAUCUUAAAAAGUUUGGGAGGAUUGAAAAGAUUGAACUUGCAAGAAAUAUGCCAGCUGCUAAAAGAACUGAUUUUGGUUUUGUGACAUUUGACACUCAUGAUUCUGCUGUGGCUUGUGUUGACAGUAUUAAUAAUUCUGAGCUUGUUGAUGGAGAAAGGCUGGUGAAAGUUAGAGCAAGGCUGUCUAGGCCACGCCAGAGAGGUAAGUCUGCUAAGCAUGCUCGAGGUGGUUAUCUAGUUGCACAGGGCAGCGGUCGAGGUUUCAAGGCUCCAUGGGGAUCUAGUUCAUCCCGCAUGGAUUCUUGGAAGUUUACAGGUCGUGGAGGGAGAAGUAUGCAAACGCGUGGAGCAUAUGAUGGUGGUCUUAAGCGGCCAGUUGGUCCUAGGGAUAGACACUCAAUGAUGGAGAUGGUUCCUACUAGAGAUGGGAGCAGGAGACGAUUUCCUUCCCCAGAGAGUUCCUUCGGUCGAAGGUCACCUGUUUAUGAAAAGAGCAGCACGAAGAGGGAGUACAUUCAACGUGAUGAAUCCUUUUCUAGGCCAGCUGUUUUUGCUAGAGACCCCACAGAGAGGCGUUAUUAUAAAGAUAAUUACUCUUCACAUAGAUCUGAGUAUUUGGACAGUCCUCCUAGAAAUGUUUCUCGUGCUGCUGGUCAUAGAGCUCCUCUUUAUGAAGAUGAUGACUAUGACCGAUAUUUGGAACGACCCACAAACUAUCAUGAUGGUCAUAGGCAUGAUUAUGGUUCUAUUUCCAGUUCAAAACGUUCCCAUUCAGCAAUGGAGGAAGUUCAUUCUCGUUAUGCUGAGCCUCCAAUUAGGCACUCGAGGGCCCGUUUUGAUUAUGGGGGGAGCAAUUCAGGAUUGCCCUAUGACGACCAUUAUGGAAGUGAAUCUACAAGUGAACGCAGGAUGGGCCGUGGUUCUCGUCUAGGGUAUGAUGGAGGUAUGCGAAGUUCUUCAGGGCAUUCUCGAGGAAUGUAUGAGACAAGAACAUCAACUACUGGGUACAGAAGAGUCCUUGCAGAUGAUAUUAGCCGGGGGAAUGAAGAAGGGAUGUAUUCCAGCUAUGACCGUGAGUAUAUGUCCAGGGACUACAUGCCUUCUCGAUCAGAUCUAGGGACAGGUUCUUACCCUUCUGACUACCCUAGUCGUCGCAUGAAUGAUGGAUACUUGAGUGGCCGAGGUUCAGGUUCAGGUUCAUAUUAUUAAGGUGAGUUUGCUUGUGGUUUCUCCAGAGUAUUUUCUAUGCAUGUGCAUCAAAAAGCACAUCUCAGAUACAUAAGGAGGUUCCUGAAGUUAGAAAACAACUCCUUUGGAGGCUGCCUUAGUGGUGCUUACCUUGAUGGCCUCCCCAUAGCGUUAACAUGAAUGAAUUUUAGUGUGUGGGAGUAGUUUCUGAUUACUUGAAGACUUUCAGAAAGUAGUUUGUGGACUCAUUCAAUUCAUCUACUGUACUGAAAUUGGUUAUUGGAUUGGUAAUUUUAGGAUAUUUAACUCCAGGAUGAGGUUCUGUAUUGGUAAAGUUAAAAGAGGAACCAAGAUGCGCUUGUUGUUUGGUUGAGUGUUUGAGAACGAAAAGUUCUUGGAGUCACUAUGUACAAAAAUGCUGUUUCUCCUGAUGGUUCUGUCUGGUUCUAUCUGGUUAGGUGGAUAGUUUGAAGUGCUACUGAACAUGCACUUUUUCUUGCUCUAUUAUUGAAUGUUCUGUGAAACUCCCAUAAUAAGCUAUUUGGGAUGUGCUUUUAUGAUGGGUAUUGAAGUUUAUUAUCUCUAACUAGUACAAAAUUGAAGUGGGAGUAUAAUAAACAUCCAACCAUGAUUUGAGUGGAGGGUGGUCA